AGAAUAUCUAUUUUUUAAAUUUAUUUUAAACGUAUCUAAUUUUUUUUAGAACAGUGUUGUUAGACGGCAAGCAAACUUCAAAAGAAAGAUCUUCCUUCUCCAGCUAACGUAAACUGACCAUCAACAUCAAAAACUCUCUCUCUCUCUCUCUCUCUCUCUCUCUCUCUCUCUCUCUCUAUAAGAGUGACAAAUUUACAAACAGUUGGCGUGCAAUCAAACUCUAUAAACUUUUUCAACUGAAAAAUAUCUACUGAAAAAAACAGAGCAACGAUGGCUAGUUCAAGCUACUGCUCCCUCAAUUUUCCCGCGCCUCCAACGGCAUCACCUUCGUCGCCAAUUUCAGCGACGCCGCGAGUUUCAUGCUCGUCGACAGCUCCGAGGGAGCGAUCGUGGAGGAAUCGAUGUGUGCUAGGCUUAACGUGCGCGAUAAUCGGCCUCGACGGAGGCGAUUUCGCGGUGGUGGCGGGGGAUCAGGAUAGAGCUAUGGCGAUGGAUAUGCAAUCAUCGACGCUCGCCGUCGCGGCUCCGACGAGAUGGAGCGAAAAGAGGGCUUGCCUGCCGUGGCGGAUCAAUUCGCUUGAAACGAUCGUGCCGGAGAACCUGCCGCGGCCGUCGGCGCGGCGGCGGUGGGAGGCCACUGGCUUCUCUGAGACGGCUCCGCCGGUUAGGGUUGCGGUGAAAUCAGGCGCUAAGGGUUGUUUCAGUAUGUAAUUUAUCAAUUUAUGGUCAGAAAUAGGUAAAAUACUGUAAAUAUCCAAAGUGGGGAAAGAAAAAUAUAUAUAUUCACCUAUUAUUUUAAUUAA